ACCAGGCCAAGGAAAAAUGGCGGACGUUCUUGAUUUGCAUGAGGCUGCGGCGGAAGACUUUGAAGUCGAUGAAGAUGGAGAUCAGGGUUUGCAGCGUCUUAAAGAAAAAGUGAAAAGGAGGAAAGGUCGAGGCUUUGGAUCAGAGGGUACCACGCGAACUACAGUUGAUGACUAUGAGGCAAUGGAAGUGGAUGACGAGGAUGGCCCUGGGCCACAAAGAUCUGUUGAAGGUUGGAUUCUAUUUGUAACUGGCGUCCAUGAAGAGGCACAGGAAGAUGACAUUUACGAUAAAUUUCAAGAUAUUGGAGAGAUUAAAAAUCUUCAUUUGAAUCUUGAUAGAAGAACUGGUUUCUUGAAGGGCUAUGCAUUGGUCGAGUAUGAGACAUUCAAAGAGGCACAGAAAGCAAUGGAAGAAUUGAACGGCAGCAAGAUCCUCGGUCAGACAAUUAGUGUGGAUUGGGCAUUUGUCAGAGGACCUACUGGCAAAAAGAACAGGAGACAUGGGCGAGGUACUGGAGACAGAGACCGAGAUCGUGACCAUGAUCGUGACAGGGAACGGGACCGCUCAGAUCGGGAUCGGGACCGUGACAGGAGACGCUAGUGUCAUUGUUUAACCGCAGUGCAAGUUAAUACCACAGACUUUUUAGACAUUUUGUGUGUUCAGUGACUGGCAUAGGUUAAAUGUGUGGCAAUACAUGGAACUCUUGCAAACCUAGAUGAGUACUGUAUUUCACCAAGGGUUGUCUUUUCAGUACCAAGCCUGAAAUACAUGUACCCCCUGUUGUAUUAGAACAUGUAUGUUGCAUUGGCAUUCACUAAGAAUAGGAUCUAAGCCAGGAAAAUAUUGUUCAUAUGCACAUAAUUGGUAACUCAACUGUUUGUCAUCACUUUUUGCAUUCAUUUUGAAUGUUGAGUCUGAGGGGAUUGAGAAUUUUAUCAAUUGACCGGCCAAGCUUUGUCAGUUACAUGUAAAAGAGGCCCAAAGACAUCAUCUGUAGUUGGCCGGCUGGGUGGGGUGAUGCAUUUUUGAAGGUAGUCAGUGGCCAUCAUAAUGAAAGUUGUUCUGAGUUCUGCGAAAUUGGUUAGACACUGAACAAAGGUUUUUGGAACUUAUUUUUUUGUGUGAAUUCGGAAGAUCAUGCAUAGUCUUUUAUUUAUCAACAUUUCAUCUUUGAAUGUAUUUGUACAAAAAUAAAUACAUCGAUU